AUGACGCCGACAUACGCUUUGGAUGCUCCGCUGGCACGGAAUCCGGUCAUUGUUGUGACGGUCUUUGGUUUGCUCGCGACGUUCACCACUGGUCUACGUCUAUAUGCUCUGAAGUUGCGGCAGGUCCGGAUCGGGGCCCCCGAGAUUCUAAUUCUGGUUGCCUUGUUAAUUGUAUACAUCGAUAUCGCUAUUCAAUAUAUCCUCUCUCUCAAGGGCGGCGCAGGUCGACAUAUCAAUGAAGUUGACCCCCAGUCGGUAGUUAUAACACUUAAGACCAUCCUACCCCUCGAAGCCUUAUACGGGAUUGUCAUGAGCCUAGUCAAGACGUCGAUGAUGCUAUUCUUCAUGCGCAUUUUCGGCACCAAACGAAGCUUCCAGAUCAGCGUUGGGAUCGUGAUGACCAUCGUCUGGCUCUGGGCCAUCAGUGUUGUCCUAGAGACCGUGUUGCUCUGUCGUCCGCUGGCCUUCAAUUGGGAUAUAACGAUCCCCGGGGGCACCUGCGGAGACCGCAACGGGACGUAUGUUUCCGCCGGCGUGCUCAAUCUGGUGACGGACCUAAUGGUCAUGGCACUUCCGGUGCCUCAUAUUUGGAAGCUACAGUUAAACACGGCCAAGAAGAUUGCACUGAUUUUUGUCUUUUGCAUGGGAUUGCUUGUCUCUGUCAUCAGUAUCGUCCGCCUAUCAUCACUCAUGGCCAUCGACUUCAACAACAUCACCCACUCCGUCCAGAUGGGCGUCAUGUGGACCGUGCUCGAGCCCGAGCUAGCCAUCAUCUGCGCCAACAUGCCGCUUAUGAAACCCAUCAUGGCACGCGCUUUCCCGGGGCUGUUUUCUACGGCCCAGGCCACGUACUCCGUCUCGCACGGGCAGGACUUCCAGCGCAUCCACGAACCCGGCGCCGCCAUCUACCCGAUGAAUCGCCUCGACCAUGACCCCGUGAACACCCAAGUUUCCAGCGGCAGUAAUACGUCCGGCUCCCGGCCGUUCCGGAAUAAGCGGGACCCCGAUGCUGAUCUGUUCAUGACAACGCGCACGGUGGACUUUGAGUCUGAUGAGCAGCAUCUCACUGGCCCUGGAGGUAUCGGCGUGAGUCAUCAGUUUGAUGUCAAGUAUGAUUACCGUCGUUCUUGA